AUGUCGGUUCUACACAGUAACGAGAACUUGCAUCAGCUUCAGAAUAUGACUUCAGCGUGUGGGUUAUGCAAGGAAGAAGUUUCAGAAAACAAUCUUUUAGUGACUCCUUGCCAGCAUAACUUCCACCGAUUAUGUAUUUCCGGCUGGCUAAAUGAAAACGAGUCGUGUCCAAUAUGUCAUCGCGGCUUGGAUACUCAGUCAAUAAAGAGUUUUGCUGAACAAGAACAAGUAGAGGGAUUUGCAAAUCAAGGUGCUAGGCCAAAGGAAAAUCCACCGGGGGUUUUAACUCGGUCUAGAAACCAAAAUAACUCAUUUAACGCAAACUUGAAUCGCAGCAGAGGUCGUGGUCGACAGAAUAACAAUACAAAUGGGGCUAAUCGUAGUCAAAUUCAAAGUAUUAUACAGGAGAAUUUACAUAACUUUGAAGAUCAGUUCUCGAGACAAAUACACGGAGAAAUUGGUAGACUAGUCUCAGAAUCCCUUGACGCUUAUUUUCAGAAUUUAAGAGUGACUGAGACGCGUAACCUCGUACAGGUGGCGGACAGAAUGAAUCGAUCAAAUGUAAAUAAUGUGAAUAACGCGGACGCCUCAAACCAAGAUCCUAAUGUGUUGCAUAGUUCAGGGCGAUUUCGCGAGGAUUCUGGUAUGAUAUCUCAAUCUGUUUCUAGUAAGAUUAUUUCUGGUUGGAAGCUUAGUUUCGAUGGGUCUCUGACUAGUGUACCUGUGGAUGAAUUUAUUUACCGGGUGAAUGCUCUUACCAAUACCACGUUAAGAGGAGAUUACCAUUCGUUGUGCCAAAAUGUCCACAUUCUUUUUGAAGGGAAAGCUAAGAGAUGGUUUUGGCGAUACCACCACUCAGUACGUGAGUUAGAUUGGGUGGAUAUCUGCGAGGAUUUGCGCAAAAAUUUCAAAGAUUUCCGUACAGACUUUGAGAUUAAAGAAUCUAUUCGGAACUUAAAACAAAAAUCUGGUGAAUCUUUCGAAAACUACCUCGAUCACAUUUUAUCUACUGCUGAUAGUUUAAAACAUCCUUUAUCCGAUCGUGAAAUGGUGGAGAUUGUUCUAAGGAAUUUGCAGCCUGAAAUUCGGUUGGAGCUUUUACAUCUCGAGCUAAAUUCCAUAUCCGAUCUUCGAAAGGCAUGUCGCCGAAGAGAGAAUUUGGUCGCAGAAAUGCAAAGUAAACCACAGUUCCAAAAAUUAAAUAAUCAAUUUCGUAGGAACGUAUCCGAAGUAGACAUUGAGGAAGAAGGAGCUUUUAAGGAAGAAAUUAUCGCAGGCGUUACAACGAAUGGAGCUUCGGCUGAGAGAAAGUGCUGGAAUUGUGAUGGUAUUGGUCAUAAUUACAAGAAUUGUGUCAAACCGCGCAGAGUAUUUUGCUACGGAUGUGGGCUAGUGGCUUUUUUCCUACCGAAUUGCCCGAAGUGCAAUAAUCCGGAAAACGCGAUCCGGGAUGUCAGCAACAAGCUUCGACAUCCCAGCAAGAAAUCGGAUCCAAAGGAAUAG